AUAAACAAAAAUUAUUAAAGAGUGAGAGAGGAAGAGCAGUGCCUAACUGCUGAGAAGUCCUGUAGAAUUUUCGACUCUCUUCACUUGUAGCCUGCACGCUUGUUCCUUUUAACGUUUCUUCUUUAUUCAAUCCAUGAAGAUGGAAGAUUUGUUGAAGAACAAAAUGUUUGCAACCCAUGCCAUCGCUGCGGCAUCUUCGGUUACAUUAGGCACUGCUCUCACUUACCCUCUUGACACUAUCAAAGUCCUUGUCCAGGUUGGUUCGGGUCCCGGUAAACAAUUGACUCCUGCUCAGGUUUUAGAUAGAGUUCGAUCUUUAUCUGGAAAUUCAGGUUUGUACAGUGGUUUUGGGUGGUUGGCUUCGGGGAGAAUUUUAGGUUUGGGGGCGCGCUUUGGGAUCUAUGAAAUAUUGACGGCUUUUUAUAAAGAUGGUCGAGAAGACAAUUUUGUCUAUGUCUCUGAGGCCCUUAUGGCAGGCAUUGUAGCUGGUGCUGCAGAAUCACUCAUAAGCUCUCCAUUUGAACUUUUUAAACUUCGUGAACAGGUUAAAUCUGCUUCUCGCAUUCCAACCUCAACCUCUGUUACAGAAAAGGGAACUGGUUCACCUUUGAUUGCAAGAUUACUACAUGGAUUCUCUCCCGACAAGAGGGCACUGAACCAAUCUGUAAGCCUUUUGUCCACCCUAGCAACCAAACAUCCCAAUAUGAUGGGUGCUUUACAGGAGUACCCAUGGAUGAUUACUGGGUCUGGGAGGCCACCAUCUGUCUGUGAUGUUAGUAGGCCAUUGGAUGUCAUCUCUUUGGAAGGAUGGAGUGCAUUAUGGAGAGGUAUUCGGUCAGGAGUUGUUCGAGAUUCCGUUUUCAGUGGCAUAUUCUUUUCUAGCUGGCAAUUUCUUCACCGAGCAAUGCUUGACUGGAAAGCAGUUGGAAUGGAUCCUUUGCCCAGGUCAGAUGAAGAAAUUGGGCCACUGUCUCCUUUAGCUGUUAGUCUUGCAGCUGGGUUUUCUGGUUCUGUAGCUGCUGCAGCUUCUCAUUGUUUUGACACUGCAAAAACCCGAACACAAUGCAUUGUGCUGCCCAAGUAUGUCUCUAUGGAAAGGAACCUUCUUGGAUGGAGAAGACCUGGGAAUAGGUUCGAGAGAGUUACAGGGAUUCAUCCUUCAGAUAGGAAUCUCUUGUUCCGUGGAAUUUGGUUGCGGAUGGCUCGCUGUGGAUUUGCAUCAUUCGUGAUUGUGGGGAGUUAUUUCUUGACUGUUGAUCACCUUGUUUGAAUGGUUAAUGCUAUGGCAUAGAACUGGUAACCAUCUUGUUUCACAGGUAAGAUUGAUUUGCAAAAUGCUUUCGGGAGAGAAAGGAAGAUUUGAUUUGGCAAUUAUACAUUUUGUGAGCAUAUCAAAACCAUUUGGCCAUUUGUAUAUCCAAUGAUUCCAAUCACCCAUUUUCCUUUCUUUUUAACGAGGAAGCAGACACCUUGUGCUAUGUUUACUAGAUGCAUUAAAUUUUUUAACUCAGUUACGCUAUACGAAUUUUCCUUGCACCUCUUGAAGAAAAUGUGUUCCACCGUUGUUGCUCAUUUGAACUUGAAAGAACUGGCCCGGUGAUCAUUUUGGAAGAUAAUUGAGUUAAAUACCUACAGUAUGACCUCAUAUCUAUUUCAAAGAAAGAUAAUCUUGUGGAAGAGCAGGGGACUUGAUAUUUGGUAUUGUAGGUACAAAUGUAUGUGUAGUCCUGUAUUUUAUUAGGUGGAUAAGUGACUUCUAUCUAGAAUUAACUCUAUUUGUAAUUUGUUGUGCGUAUGACGUAUUCACCUGCUUGGACUUUUACUAUGGAAAGCUGAAGGGAGGGCUUUACAUUAAUCAAAGCUGAAGGGAGGGCUCUGCGUUAAUCUUUUCGACAUAUCUGUAAUUGCAAUUUUGUGCCAGACAAAUAUGUAAAGAUAUGACACCUUUGCAAUUUUGCGAUUAUCUUUCAAAUAAAAAUUUCUGCAAGAAAUAAGAAAUGAUAAGGUGAA